AUGGAAAUUACACAUGAAGAAGGAAGUGACACAAGUGAAAAGAAAAAUAAAAUUCCAUCUAAUUAUACAAGUAUAUCUGAGAAAUCUUCCAAGUCAGUUUUUGGUGUAAGAAAAAAUGAUUGCGGUUAUCAAAAUAUUCGUGAUGACCGUGAUGAUGGUAUUAUGUAUGAAGGUCCCAUGGAGGACUCGGUUCAUGCUGAAACAAGUGAAGAUAUAAAUUUUUACGAUGCGAAAGGCUUAGAUGAGGUAAAAGGGCAGACAGAGAAAUUCUUUAACCAUGAGGAAUAUGCACAGGAUAUGUUAAACAAUAAUAAUGAACAUAAUUUAGUGCAUUCCGAUGAAAUGUACAACUCAUACACUGAUGAAGAGCUUGAGAAAUUUUUUGAGGACACAGAAAAUGAAGUGGAAGGAAAGAAUAAUAACGCUGUGCAGUUAAUGAUGGAAGAUCAUUUAGGAGGAUUAGCAGAUUCUGCUAUGCUAAGAGAUAAUACUACACUUCCAAAAGGUGAUGAUACCUUUUUGCUAAAAAAAGAAGAUAGCAAUGUGUUAAAGGAAGAUGAAUAUGAAAAUUUUUACAACAAUGAGCACUCUCCUCUUGUAGUAAAUUGUGAAGAGAGAGGAAUGAAUCCUUUUGAUGAUUAUAAAGAGAAAGAUUUAGAAAUGUCUUUUCGGAAAGACGGUGUAAGCAUUAAAAGCUAUGAAGAAUCUUUUGCGUUAGGAAAUAAAAAAUUAACGUUAAACACAACAAACAUUACAGAAUUCAGAGAUUUGAGUAACGAACCUAAUGAUGAUUUUUCAUUUAUUAGUAACUCAUCAAACAGUAUUAUUGUCAGAUCAGCUGUGCUGGAGGAGGGAAAAAAAAGUGAGACAAAUCUGAAUGGUAAUGUGGAAAAUGAUGAAAUUGACGCAGAUUGUGAGGGUGGAAGUGUUACUACUGUGGAUGUCAAAAAUGAAUCUGAGGGAGGAAACAAGGAAAUAGUGAAGAAAAAAGAAAAAAGAAAAAUUGAAGAAAAAGGUGUAACAUACAAUGAGGGGGAUACAUUAUUAAGAAAUAACAAUUUGGAGAGCAAUGCAUUAGAUAGUGUAGAAAAUGAUAUUAGUGAAAAUACGUUUGCAAAUAAUAUGAAUGAAGAAGAAUCCAAUAUAUGUGAUAAGAAUAGCAUAGAUGAAGAAAAAUUCAAUAUAUGUGAUAAGAAUAACGUAGAUGAAGAAGAAUCCAAUAUAUGUGAUAAGAAUAACGUAGAUGAAGAAGAAUCCAAAUUGGAGAGUGAAAAAUCUAAGAAAAUGGACAUUUUAAACUAUUUUGAAAAUAAUGAACCUCAAGAAGAUAAUACAAAUAAUUCCAACUUUUUAUUAAAAAAAAAAAAAAUACAUGAAGAUCAAACCAGCUCCUUGUGGUACAAACACAAAAGACACUUUUUCAUUUUUACCUAUUCGGGGAAACCAGUUUUUACAAGAUAUGGUAAUGAAGAAAAUUUAACAAGUUUUUAUGGAGCUUUACUUGCAAUUAUAUCAAAAAUAGAGUCCUUUUCUUUUUCAGGCAGUAGCACAGAUGUAAAAACAAAUAAAAAAUGUAAUGAAACAUAUACAAAAAACUCGUUAAAAUGUAUUAUGAGUAAGAACACAAAAGUAGUUUAUUUAGACAAAGAAGUAUUAUGUUUAGUAUGCAUUUCUAAAGUUAAUGAGAGCACUAAUUACAUUUUGCACAUUUUAAAUUAUAUGUAUUUUCAAAUUAUAUCAUUAUUAACUAAGAGCAUUGAUAAAUCAUUUCAAAUAAAACCAUCAUUCGAUAUAAGAUAUUUGUUAGAUGGUGCUGAUAUCCUUAUGUGUAAUUUAAUAUCAUCUUGUUCUAAAAACAUGUAUUCCAUUUUUGAUGGUUUUGAACCUUUACCUUUAAAACAAGAUUACCGUAACAAAAUAAACAAUUUGAUUUCGUCCUUCAAAAUUAACAAUGUUUUGUUGUCCUUCUUAAUUAUAAAUGAUAAAAUUAUUGGAAUAUCUGUAUCCAAAUAUACCAUCAAUUCGAUGGAUAUAAUAAUCCUUAUCAAUAUGAUAACAUCAAUGAAAUCCUUUAAGAAUGCAGAAUCUUGGACUCCCAUUUGUUUACCUAUUUACAACCCAAACCUUUUCUUAUAUGCCUAUAUUAACUACAUUAGGAAAAAAAUUUGUUGUGUUUAUGUAUGCUCACAUGCAUCGUCCAGAGAUUUUUUCCACCUUUCAAGACACACCUCAAUGAUUGAAACGAUAUUAAUAAGCUCUGGAUGCUACGAUGAAAUUGUAAAAGCUGCGGACAACUCCCCAUUCGAACUUCCAGAAAUUCCAAGUAUUGAGAUCAUUCACGUGUGUUAUUAUAUUCCAUAUUUAAAACAGUAUUACAGCUCCAAAAUUGGGAAUGAUAAGGUGAAAAGGGUUUUCAGAGUGUACCAAAAGUGUGAUGAUAUAUUAAGAGACUCCAAAUUGCCUGCACAAAUAUACCUAGAGACUGAGCACGAAAAAUUUUAUUGCAUUAAAACAAAUCUUUAUCACUUAUAUUUAUCAGUCCCAUUUCAUGUUGAAGUUAAUGAUGAUAACAUUAAUGAAAUUUUAAAAGUUAUUGCAACAUAUCAUAAAGAAAUAUUUAUCAACAACAUAAAACAAAUUACUUGA